AUGAUGCACAACACCAUCGGGAACAACGCGCACACGCUCGAGCCCCAAUCGGGCGGCGGCGGGAAGAAGGUUGUCAACUUCCUGCUAGCCGAGAUCGAGAACCGCCGGGGGGAGCUCGUCGUGGCCUUCGCCGGCUACGCCAAGAACAUGGAGUCCCUCUUCGAGUUCAACGAAGGCCUUCCCAGCCGCUUCCCCAAGGUCCUGCGUUUCGAGGACUACAGCGACGCCCUCCUCCUCGAGAUCUUCAAGGGGCUCAUGGCUAAGAAGAAAGGGCUGGGUACGCUCCACUGCGGUGAUUCUGCGGAGCAGGAGGACCCGGAGAGGUGGGCCAAGGUGGCCAUCGCUCGGCUCGGUCGGCGGAGGGGGUCCCGCGGAUUCGGGAACGCCCGCGCUGUUCAGGUGCUCUUCGACCAGGUCCUCGAGCGGCAGGCGAGCCGCCUCAGCAGCGGAGACAACGACAACGACAACGGCAACGACGACGACGACGACGACGACGACGACGACGACCCGUAUGAGCUUACAAAGCCGGAUCUCCUCGGCUGGUCGGUCUCGAGCCUCGAUGAGUCGGAGAGCUGGAGGACCCUCCGGGACAUGGUCGGGCUUGGCGCGGUGAAGAGCGCGGUGCUGGCGCUGGCGGAGGUGGUGCAGACGAACCGCGUGCUGGAGGAGGCCGGCAAGCCGCCGAGGAACAUCGCGCUCAACAGAUGCAUGCUCGGGAACCCGGGCACUGGCAAGACAACGGUGGCAAAGCUAAUCGAUGGCAUUCUGGCGGACCUCGGGCUCCUCCCCAAGGGCGAGGUGGUCCUCAAGACCGCGUCCGACUUCGUCGGCUCCGUCCUCGGCGAGAGCGAGUCCAAGACCCGCGCCAUCCUCAAGGCUGCCGAGGGCUGCGUCCUGGUCAUCGACGAGGCCUACUCCCUCCGCGCCGGGAGCGGCGUCGGCGGCAAGGGGGGCAGCGGCGAAGACCCGUACCGCACCGCCGUGGUGGACACGCUCGUGGAACAGGUGCAGAACGUGCCGGGGGAGGACCGGUGCGUGCUGCUGCUGGGGUACCGCGCGGAGAUGGAGGAGUUCAUGCGCGACGCCAACCCCGGGCUGGCCAGGAGGUUCGCCCUCGACAACGCCUUCAGCUUCGAGAACUACAAGGGCGCGUGUUUCCACGCAAAGGACGACGAAGAGCUCCUCAGCAUCCUCCGCGGGAAGCUCCGUCGAGAGCACCUCACCGCCGGAGUGGACGCCCUCAUGGCCGCCGCCGACGUGCUCAGGAAGAAGCGCAAGACGGCCUCGCACUUCGGCAACGGCGGCGAGGUGGCCAACCUGCUGAGCGAGGCCAAGCUCCGGAAGGAGUCCGGAAGGAGAACCACCGCAAGGACGGCUCUUUGGAAGCCAGGAUUACAGCUGGACCCGGAGCUCCUGCCGCAAGACUUCGAUCCGGAAUACGGGGCCGGCCCAAUGGAUGGCGCCGCUCUCGAAGACGACUUGUUCGGCGACCUCAUCGGCUGCGCGGACAUCAAGCUGCAGCUGACGCGGAUCCGCUCGACGUUUGUCCGCGCACAGAGACUCGGCCGCGACCCUCGUGAGGCCAUCAACCUCAGCUUCUAUUUCACGGGGGUCCCCGGCACCGGCAAGACUACCGUCGCCCAGCGCGUCGGCCGCAUGUUCAAGCAGGUCAGCGUGAUCCACUCGGACGACGUGGUGUCCUGCCCCCCUUCGGACUUCACCACGGGGUCAUCAUCUUCUGACGAGUGCUUCGUUGGACAGGCCGCCCUCAAGACCAAGGAGAUCCUGGACAAGGCUAUCGGUAAAGUUCUGUUCAUCGACGAGGCGUACGGCCUGAACCCUCGCCACGGCGGCGGCUCGGGGUUCUUCAUGCAAGACGCUCCUCGCUUCGGCAACGGUCGCACCAUCACCGACCUCGCCGCCAAUCACAUCUCCACCGAGAUCGGGAUGCGCAUGGGUGGCGACGGCAGCGUCCAACAGGACAACAGCGGCAGCAACGACGACCACCGGGCCUCGGUCGAGGACAUCCGCCGCUCCGCGACCGCCGUCCUCCAGCAGAUGGCCAGGAUUGUCGGCACCACCACCAACACGAAUUCUGCCGCCGCCGCCGUUCCCGAGGUUGCGUUUUGCACCGGAACCCGCCUGUGCGCCAAGCCCCCCAAACGACGACCGCGAAGAAGGUGGCCGGGCCGGGCUGUCUCGCCUCCGGCGGGAGGAGGCGGGCGCGGCGGUGAUGAGGACGAGGAGCUGCUAGCCACGCUCGCGCGGGUCCGGCGCGCCAAGGAGGCCGCGCUGAAGAAGGCCAGGAAUGAGAGGGAGAGGCAGCUGGCCGUGGAGGCGGCGUCGAGGUUGGCCCUCGCGCGCAUGGGCGUGUGCCCGGCCGGGCGUCAGUGGAUUCGUCAGGGCGACGGCUGGAGGUGUGGGCGAGGCACCCACUACGUGUCCGGCAGCGCCGUUGCGGCGGAGAUGGCGCGCGGCGGGGGGGGCUCCUAG